CCAGUUGAAUUGUUAUUACCGACCGCGUUUGACCUUUUUACCACGCUUCAACGUGAAUGAAACCUCGUUUUGUGUUUACGAUGCGAUAGUAUCGAAAAAAGUGAUGACUAAGUGAUUUAUUUUAAUUUUACUUGUGUAGUGCACAGUCUUUAAUACUCGGAGGGAAACACCAACCAGGGGCGCAAUGGACAGUUGUGGUAGAUGUAUGAAAGUGUCGCUGGUUGCGAUCAAUGUUGUUACUUUCUUAAGUGGUUUACUAGCAGUGGCAAUAGGACUAUGGAUUUGGACGUCACGCUCAUUUUCAAGUACGCUCAUGAGCAACAAUAUGUACAUUGCCUCUGUAGUGGUUGUCGUUGCAAUGGGAGCGGCGAUCAUGUUGCUUUCCUUCCUUGGAUGCUGCGGCGCAGCGAAGGAAGUGAAAUGCAUGCUGCUCACGUAUUACAUACUUGUAUUCAUUAUAUUCGUGGCGAUGCUGGUAGGAGGUAUUCUACUUUUCGUCUUCCGUGAGAAGGUUAUAUCGACGCUCGACCGGGAAAUGCAUGCCUCCAUGCCAAAUUAUGGCGUCAAGCAUGAGUACACGCGCGCCUGGGAUGAUACGCAAUCUCAUCUACAAUGCUGCGGUGUUAAGAGCCAUAACGAUUGGAAUGGAAAUGUCCCGGAGAGCUGCUGUAAAGAAGUCUAUCCGGGAAAGCGCUUGGACUGCAGGUAUUCUCCCAAUCCGACCACGAUGUACAUGGACGGAUGUCUCAACAAAACUAUAGACUUGCUCCGAGAAGAUGCGGUGUAUGUUGGUGCUGUUGCUAUCAUUGUAGCUUUGGUUAUGGUGCUGGCAUUAAUAUUUUCUUGCGGACUAUUUGUAAAAAUAGAGUGACUGUCAUUCCAUUCGCAAAAGGCACUGACGAUAAAUUAUUUAUAAGGUGUUUUGAGUCGUAUGAAUUAUACGCAUUUUUCUAAUUAUAUACCAAAUGUCAAUUGUCAAUAAAAUUUACAUUGAU